GGUUGGUAUCUUUUGAUCCGUUUCUGGUCUUUUUACCUUCCGUCAGGUGAUAAAUAUUCUUAUAACCCAAAAAUGUUUAAUGUUACUCUGUUAUGAACAUUCCAUGUCACUUGCAAGGUAAAUGUAGUAUCUAGUAGUUCGACUUCCAUUUUUUGUGCCAGGGGAAUUUGUUCUGUGUAAAAAGGGUCUUCAUUUUCAUUUCUUCUGCAGCUCAAGCAAUGGGAACGGAAAAAGUGUAAGCCAAAUAGCCUUCCUGUGCUACACAAAAUGCACGUGAAACUCGGAGAUACAGUAAAAGUCAUAUCUGGCCACGACAAAGGUAAGGUUGGAGAGAUCACUGAGAUUAUCAAGCACAACAGCAAAGUUGUCAUAAGAGAGAUAAACUUGAAAACCAAGCAUGUGAAGAGUAGGAGUGAGGAUGAACCAGGCCAAAUCGUCAAGAUUGAAGCUCCUAUUCACAGCUCGAACGUGAUGCUUUACUCGAAAGACCAGAAGGUAGCCAGUCGGGUGGGUCAUAAGACACUCGACAAUGGUAAAAGGGUCAGGUACCUCAUAAAAACGGGGGAAAUUAUCGAUAGUGUGGAGAACUGGAAGAAAGCUGUCAAAGAGAAGGAGAAAGCAACAGAAGCAGUUGCUGUUGCUUCUUAGAAGGCUAGCUUG